UCCUGGGAAUCUGACUGAGGAAAGACUGAAGCUCAGGCUGGGAGGGAGGGUGCGGGCGAACUUUGUCCAAAGCUGGAGCAAGAAGCAGAGACGGGACAGCUGCACUCAAGGACUUUGAUUCACUUUCUUCUCCCAGCCCCAGCGGCCGGUUACCGGGAACUUUUUGUGAGGAGUUUGGGUUGGGAGAGAGAGAGAGAACAGAACAGAAGAGAAAUGGGCCGGAGAAAAGUUUCGCUGCUUCACUGGCGACUCCUCAUCCAAGUUCUUUUCCUCUCCUGUAUUGUAAAUGCAUCGAAGGUUUUAGAUGAAGUCCCGAUCCCAGAGGACUCCGAGCUGGACCAGAGUCAUUUUCGACGGCGAAGGUUCCCCGUGGAAUCUGAUGAUGAGGACUUUGUAGCAUCUGCUGAGGGGAGUGCUGAGUUCGAAGAGGGCAGCACACCCAGCACAGUUGAAACUGAGGGUGAGAUUCCAACAAUAUCAGUGAUUCCAAAGCAAAAAACAGGCCCAGAGACCUCAGUUUACCCUCUAAUGAUUCCAGUAGUAGCAGAAAUGAAUAGCAGCCCAGAACCCCCUCAGUACGUGUACUACCGCGUGUUGGUCAACUUCACAACUUCAAUCGAGUACAACCCUCAGUUGGAGAACUUUGAAUCUGAAGCGUUCAAAGAAGUAUCUGAAGGAAUCAUAGACACACUUGAGUCUGAAUUUUAUCGGAUUCCAGGAGACCAAUCAGUCACUGUGGUAUGGAUCAAGCAAGAGGACCAAAAUGUGAUUGUGGAGCUGGAUGUGGGAUCUGAUGGAAACAGCAAUGAUGAAGAGAUACGGGAUGUGGUUUACUCGGUUGUGAGGAGUGGAUCCAUUGGCCCUUAUGAAACCUCAGUCGAAGGCUUCAAAUUCCGACACCUAGGAGAAGAUGUGAUACUUAUCCCUCGUGAGUGUCGUCCUGAUGAAUUUUCCUGUGGUUCUGGCGAGUGUGUCCCUCUUGAUUAUCGCUGCGACUUCAGGGCUGAUUGCAGCGACAUGUCUGAUGAAGACAACUGUGCAGAUGUAAUUGGACCAGUUUCCACUGUUCCACCCAUUCAGCCAAGAACGCCAGCAGCCCCUACAACACCUGCAUUUAUUACAGCCAAACCAGAGCGACGACCGCCAAGGCCGCUGGUUACUGCAGCACCGACUCCCCCCACUAUUGACGUGCUGAGACCCUGCCCAAUAGACAAGGCAGUGUGCCAGAAUGGGCAGUGUAUCCCCAGAGACUACCUGUGUGACGGAGAAAGGGAUUGCACUGACGGAAGCGAUGAGCUGGACUGUGGAACGCCAUCACCAUGUGAGCCCAAUGAGUUCAAGUGCAAGAACGGUCGCUGUGCCCUGAAGCUGUGGCAUUGUGAUGGCGAUAAUGAUUGUGGAGACAACUCUGAUGAAGAAUACUGUCCCACCAAAGGACCUGGAGAUACGUGUGCUCCUGAGCAAUUUGUCUGUGUUUCGACCCAAACGUGUAUCCCGGCAAGUUAUCAGUGUGAUGAAGAAGCUGACUGUCCUGAUCGGUCAGAUGAAUUUGGAUGCACUCCUCCCCAGGUCAUCACACCACCACAAGAAACAGUCAUGGUGAAGCGUGGCGCUACCAUCACAUUAACUUGUGUGGCGGCAGGUGUUCCAACUCCAAUCAUUACGUGGAGAUUGAACUGGGGUCACAUCCCUAUUACCAGCAGAGUUAGCAUGACUAGCCAGAAUGGGCAGGGCACACUGAUCAUUAGGGAUGUCAAGGAGUCAGAUCAAGGAGCGUACACCUGUGAGGCCAUCAAUGCCAAAGGAAUGAUCUUCGCAAUCCCUGAUGCGCUGCUGAUUUUGCAGUCCAACCCAGGAAUCUGCUCUGAAGGUCACUUCAAUGUGGAGGGCAGUCUGCAAUGUGUUCCCUGUUUCUGUUUUGGUGCUACCAGGAAGUGUGAAUCUACAAGCCGCUAUAGAAACCAGAUACAUCUGCGUUUCACUGAGGAAGACAACUUUAUGGGUGUGAACGUGACAGUACCAGCUCAGCCAGUGACACCUCCCCUUUCGACCUCUCAGAUGAUUGUGGACCUUGACUCAGGAGAAUUCCAGAUGGUCGACCUCUCGAGACGGUUCCUCAGCCAUGAUUCAUUCUGGACUCUCCCAAGACAGUUUCUGGGAAAUAAGGUCGAUUCAUACGGUGGGUUCCUGCGCUACAAGGUUCGCUACAGUGUGGCAAGGGGGCAAGCAGAGCCUGAGGAAAAGGCAGAUGUGAUCAUAAUAGGAAAUGGAAGAAAACUAAUCUAUAAAAUGAUGGCCCCUACCCAGCCUGGUGUCGUUAAUCAGAAGGAAAUCCUGUUCACUGAGGAUAACUGGCAGCAUGAGUCAGGUACUCCUGUGACUCGUGAAGAUCUUCUGAUGACAUUGGUUAACCUGGACAAAAUUAUGAUCCGAACAAAGUACGACAACAAGAUGGCCAGCGUUGGUCUUAGCGACAUUGUCAUGGAUACCACCAGUGUGGAAUUCACAACUCUGGGAAAACCACAGCUUGUUGAGCAGUGCAGGUGCCCUGUAAGUUACAGCGGUCUGUCAUGUGAGAUCUGUGCCCAAGGAUUUAAACGUGUUUCGACUGGGCCGUAUCUGGGUACUUGUGAUGGCUGCAACUGCAAUAGCCAUGCCAGCAGCUGUGACAAAGUCACAGGAUAUUGUCUGAGCUGCCAACACAACACGGAAGGCCCACACUGUGACAAGUGCAAGGCUGGAUUUUUUGGCAACCCCACUCGAGGAACUGCCAACGACUGCAUGCCGUGUCCAUGCCCAUUUACUGAUUCCCACAGGAGAUUUUCGGAUACCUGCUUCCUGGAUACAGAUGGGCGUCCCACCUGUGAUGCUUGUAGUGUUGGCUACACUGGACGUCGAUGUGAAAUAUGUGCCACUGGUUAUGAAGGAAACCCAAUGACUCCAGGUGGAAAAUGUAGACCACAUGCGGGACACAUUUCAAAUUGUGACAGCAGAGGAACGGACUCCACAGAAUCAUAUGAUGGAUCUUGUGCGUGUAAGGCUAAUGUUGUUGGAAGACUAUGUGAUGAAUGCUCAGCGGGGUCCUUCAAUUUGGAUGACUCCAAUGUGGAUGGUUGUCUGAAAUGUUUCUGCAUGGGGAUCAGCAAACAGUGUGCCAGCUCAUCUUGGCAUCGAGACCAGGUCCGAGCUCUUUAUGAUGAGCAGGAAAGGAAUCUUUACACGUUGACAAAUAUGGCACACACGCAGAGAGUCACUGAAGGAGUUCAAAUGAAUGCCUUGAAUGAGCUGGUUUUUGCGAAUUUUGACACGAUCCCUCGUGACAUCUAUUACUGGGUGCUGCCUAAUCGGUUUAAAGGCGAUAAGGUUACUUCUUAUGGAGGUGAAUUGCAUUACACUAUCCAGCAUAGUGUCUCCCCUGUCUCCUCACCAAUCACUGGGAUGCCUGAUGUUAUUCUACAAGGCAACAACAUCUUCUUGGAGCACUACACGGCAAAGAGACCGCAACCUGGCAUUCCCUCAACUUUCUCUGUUCCUUUUAAAGAAUCGGCAUGGCGACGGGCAGAUGGCCAGCCCUCCACCAGAGAACAUCUCCUGAUGGCUUUGGCCAAUAUUAAUGUUUUCAUGAUUCGAGCAAGUUACACAGAAGGGACAACUGAAAGCAGAAUAUCCCAAAUCCAUAUGGAUGUAGCAGUCCCACAUUCCACUGGACAGGAACAGGCUGUUGAGGUGGAGGAAUGUAUUUGCCCAGAAGGUUACAAGGGAUCAUCUUGUCAGGAAUGUGCCUUUGGCUAUACACGCACAGCGAGUGGAUUGUACCUGGGAAUGUGUGAGCGCUGUGACUGUAACGGACACUCCGAUUGUGAUGCAGACACCGGGGAAUGCCUGAGGUGCCAACACAACACCGAGGGCCUCAGAUGUGAACGGUGUGGGCCAGGUUUCUAUGGGGACGCCAGACGUGGAACACCAAAUGAUUGUAGACCUUGUCCUUGUCCAGGAGCCACUCCCUCUAAUCAGUUCUCCCCGACUUGUUUCCUGGACGCGGACGGACAGCCAACUUGUGAUCAUUGCUCUAGCGGUUACGAAGGCAGAAACUGUGAAAGGUGUGCUCCAGGUUACACUGGGAAUCCCAUGUACGGACAAAGUUGCACUACUGGCUGUACAUGUGAUUGGAGAGGAAGUACUGGAGGCCAAUGUGAUGCCACUGGGCACUGCCAAUGCAAGCUUAAUGUGCAAGGCCAGACCUGUGACACUUGCAAAGCUGGUCACUUCUACCUGAGUGCAGAGGGCAGAGAAGGAUGCCUGCCGUGUUUCUGUAUGGGAGUGACGCAGCAGUGCAGCAGCUCCUCGUACUAUAGAAAACUGGUUGCAAGUCCAUUUGUUCCACCAAACAACUUCCAAAACUUCUCGCUGGUGAAUCGCCAGCGCACCACACGCAUUACCUCGGGAUUCACAGUGACGGUGAGAGACAGGCAGCCACAGCUCUCUUUCGGACAGUUUGGGCAGCACAUGCAGGAAUCCUACUACUGGCAGCUUCCAGAGGCUUUUCAAGGAGACAAGGUGACUUCCUAUGGUGGGCUCCUUCGGUACACAUUGUCCUACGAUGCUGGAUUCCGGGGUUCCACAGUACCGGAUGCUGACGUACAGAUCAUUGGCAAUGAUAUCACCUUGGUGACCUACCACCACCACCAGCUGCAACCGAGAGAGAUAAAGGCCUUUGAGGUCAUGUUCAAGGAGCAAUUCUGGAAGCGCCCAGAUGGUCAGCAAGCCACCCGGGAACAUCUCCUGAUGGUCCUCGCUGACUUAGAUGAAGUCCUCAUCCGUGCCACCUACUCGACUGACAUGAUCUCUGCCAGCCUUUCCGAUGUGAGCAUGGAGGUUGCAGUGCCAUACUACACCAACCUGGCACAGGCAUUGCAAGUGGAAGAAUGUCAUUGCCCCCCGGCUUACCACGGCUUGUCCUGCCAGGACUGUGCUCCUGGUUACACAAGGACUGGAGGAGGCCUCUACCUCGGAGACUGCAAACUAUGUGAAUGUAAUGGGCACUCCGACUCCUGCCACCCAGAGACUGGCCUUUGCUCGAACUGUUUACAUAACACGGCUGGGGAGUUCUGUGAUCAGUGCGCCCCUGGAUAUUACGGUGAUGCCACAGUGAGUACGCCAGAGGAUUGCCAACCUUGUGCCUGUCCACUGACAAUUCAAGAGAACCAGUUUUCUCCCAUCUGUGAAAGUAAUGGAGUUGGUGGCUACAGAUGUACAGCUUGUCUCCCUGGCUACACAGGCCAGUACUGUGAACGCUGUGCCCCAGGGUAUUCAGGCAAUCCAGGUAUCGCAGGACAGAAGUGUCAUCCAGUCGAUCGCAAUCCUUUCCUGGUUACUGUUAUCCCUGAGAGAACAACGGUGGAACAAGGUAGCACGGUGAUACUAAAAUGCCAGGUUUUUGGCCAAGCUCCAUUUUAUUACUACUGGAGCAGAGCUGAUGGUCAGCCUUUAUCCAGCCGUGUUCAGCAGAGGAACCAAGGAGAAGAGCUGUUGAUCCAGGAAAUUAAAUCAUCUGAUGCUGGGAUUUACAUAUGUACCUGUCGCAAUAUGCAAAGCACCAAUUCAAGUCGAGUUGAAGUCAUUGUUACUGUUCCCUCUUUCAAAGCCAUAACAGUGACUGUGGAAGAACCAAGGACACAAACAGUGAGAUCUGGCAUCACUGUCAAUUUUAUCUGCACAGCAAAAAGUCAGUCCCCAGCAUACACAUUGGUGUGGACCCGACAGCUUGGAGGUAAACUCCCAAACACCGCAGUGGACUUCAAUGGAAUCUUGACUAUUCGCAAUGUUCGUCCUGAGGACGCUGGUGUGUACACCUGCACAGGCUCCAACAUGUUCGCCAUGGACGAGGGGACUGCUGUCUUACAUGUACCAGCAACAGCACCAGUAGCGACAAUUGAGCCUCCCAUCCUAACAGUCAAGCGGGGGCAGUCAGCAGAAUUCCGAUGCACUGCAACUGGGAAUCCACCUCCAACCUUGGAAUGGUUCGGAGGUCAAGGUAAUAUUAUUUCGCCAAAUGCAGUAAUUCAGGGUGGACUUCUUCGAAUUGUUGCCGUGGAGCAUUCAGAUGAAGCUGAGUACUCCUGCAAAGCUUCAAACAGUGCUGGACAUCACACAGACACGUCCAUUCUCUACGUGCAGAGUAGUGGUAACCUACCUCAGGUACAGGUUAGUCCACAGCGGAUAGAGGUACCAGCGGGCGACACUGUUAGGCUGUACUGUCGAGCUGGGGGACAUCCUUCACCAAUGCUCUUGUGGAAGAAGCGUGGAGGAGAACUACCACCACAGGCCAAGGUUGAGCGGACAGAUAUUGGGACUCUCAUUAUCCCUUCAAUCACUACUGCCCAAGCUGGUAUCUACCUGUGUGUGGGAACCAAUUCUGCUGGGUCCUCAGAAGGUCGCAUAGAGGUCUCAGUGUUAUCCUCAGAAGAAUCUGCACCAAUCGCUCGAAUUCAGCCCUCUCCUGCCUCAGUAACAGAGGGAGAAAUGCUGGAGUUAUACUGCCAGGUGACAGGGGAGCCUCAACCCAGGAUCACAUGGCGCAAGUCAAGUGGUUACCUAACGACCAAUCACCAGGUGCAGGGCCCUGUGUUACGCAUUCGGCAGGCCACUGGUGCUGACGCUGGGGAUUACAUCUGCCACGUUGAAAACAAGUUUGGAAUGCAAGAAGUUACAGUCUCUGUGUCGGUCACCUCCAGCGUUUACACACAUAGAACUGCCCCCGUGGUGAAGGUUCACCCCUCACGCAUGUCAGUAAGUGAGGGAGAAAUGCUGGAGUUGUACUGCCAAGUCACAGGUCAACCACAACCCAGGAUUACAUGGUACAGGGCAGCUGGGUCUCUAUCAGCCAAUCACCAGGUGGAGGGUCCUGUGCUGCGUAUCCUUCACAUGACUCCUGCUGACAUUGGGGAUUACGUCUGUCGCGCAGAAAAUGUCCUUGGAAUGCGGGAAGUCAAAUUCUCGGUCUCGGUCACUUCCACUUCCACUGUACCCUCACAAGAAACUGCCCCAUCAGUGAUGGUUCACCCCUCACCCACCUCAGUUAGGGAGGGAGAAAUGCUGGAGUUACACUGCCAGGUCACGGGUCAACCAGAACCCAGGAUCACAUGGUAUAGGGCAGCUGGUCCUCUAACAACCAAUCACCAGGUGCAGGGCCGUGUGCUACGCAUCCUUCGCAUGAGUCCUGCUGAUGUCGGGGAUUACAUCUGCCGUGCAGAAAAUGUCUAUGGGAUGCAGGAGGUCAAAUUCUCCGUCUCAGUCACUCCUUCCACUUCACAAGGAACAGCCCCUACAGUGAAUGUUCACCCCUCACGUACCUCAGUUAGGGAGGGAGAAAUGCUGGAGUUACACUGCCAAGUCACUGGUCAACCAGAACCUAGAAUCACAUGGCAUAGGGCAGCUGGCCCUCUGACAGCCAACCACCAGGUGCACGGUGCUAUUCUACGCAUCCUUCAUGUGAGUCCUGCUGAUGUUGGGGAUUACAUCUGCCGUGCAGAAAAUAUUGUUGGAACACGGGAGGUCAAAUUCUCUGUCUCAGUCACCCCUUCCACUGCAAGAAAUGCCCCGACAGUGCUGGCUCAGCCCUCUCCUCUCUCUGUAACAGAGGGAGAAAUGCUAGAAUUACACUGCCAGGUCACAGGUCACCCACAACCCAGGAUCACAUGGUACAGAGCAGCUGGUCCUCUAACAACCAAUCACCAGGUGCAGGGCCCUGUGCUACACAUCGUUCGUGUGACUCCUGCUGAUGUCGGGGAUUAUAUCUGCCGUGCAGAAAAUGUCUACGGGAUGCAGGAGGUCAAAUUCUCCGUCUCAGUCACUCCUUCCACCUCACAAGGAACUGCUCCAACGGCAAAGAUUUAUCCCUCUUCCACCUCAGUCAGUGAAGGAGAAAUGCUGGAGUUACGCUGCCAGGCCACAGGUCAGCCAGAACCCAGGAUCACAUGGUACAGGACAGCUGGUUCUCUCACAACCAAUCACCAGGUGCAGGGCCACGUGCUGCGCAUCCUCCGCAUGAGUCCCGCUGAAGUCGGGGAUUACAUCUGCCGUGCAGAAAACGUUAUUGGAACACGGGAAGUCAAAUUCUCAGUCUCGUUUGCUUCCACUCCAUCCACACGUGAAGGGGCACCAAUAGUGAGAGCCCAGCCCAGACCUGUCUCAGUAACAGAGGGACAAAUGCUGGAGAUACGCUGCCAGGUCACAGGGCAGCCGGAACCCAUGAUCACAUGGUACAAGGCAGAUGGUUAUCUAACAGCCAAUCAUCAGGUGGAGGGCCCUGUGCUGAGAAUCCUGCAGGUGACUAGGGCUGACGAUGGUGAUUAUAUCUGCCGCGCUGAAAACAUCUUCGGAAUGCAACAACUUAAAUUCUCGGUCUCAGUCACCUCCACAGCAUCCAGGGAUCUGAUACCAAUUAUUAAUACUGGACCACAGGAUGUUACUGUAAUCCAGGGCAAUGAUGCAUCCUUCAGUUGUCAAGUUGUUGAGGGAGCUCAGCCAUUCAGCAUAGAGUGGAAAACACCUAAUGAACCACAACAAGACAAUGUAAAGUUCAGCAGUGCUGGCUCUGUGAUUACAAUCACUCGAACUCGUCAACGUGAUCAAGGCCAGUACAAGUGUGUGGCUCGUAAUCGGUUUGGAUCAGCAUCCAGCAUAAUGACUCUAAUCGUACAAGGACCUCCCACUGUAUCCGUCUCCCCGAGAGGUCCGGUCAGACUGGGUGUGGGCAAUUCUAUCAGUCUGGAAUGUAUAGGCAUGGGGGAGCCCCAGCCUGCAAUCAGCUGGAGUCGGGUUCGUGGCAGGCAAAGGAAUAACAUGGGGAGGCAGCUGCCUAGGGAAGGCGAUCCCAUCCUGACGAUUACUUCCGCUCGUCUACAGGAUUCUGGGACCUACUCCUGUACAUCCGCUAAUUCGUUUGGCACUGCUGAGGCUCAGGUGGAGGUGAUAGUCGAGCGUUCAGCCUCCACACCACAAGUUCCUCAGGUUACCUCAGAAGAACCAUCAUUAACCAUUACAGCAGGGCAGGUUGCUACACUGCGCUGCUCAGCUACAGGUUACCCCACUCCGAUUAUUCAGUGGUCUAAACUGCGAGCCCCACUGCCAUGGCAGCACAGGAUUGUCAAUGGAUCUUUAUUUAUUCCUAACGUCGGACUGCAGGAUUCGGGCCAGUACAUCUGCAAUGCCUCCAAUUCUGCUGGAUUUGCUGAGUUGUACAUACAGCUAGAUGUAGAAACCGCACCAUAUGCCACCUUUAAUGUUGAGGUUGUCACCGUAAGGGUGGGCGAGAUAAUCCGAUUGCACUGUCUAUCCCAAGGAACUCCUCCAAUAAAGUAUGAAUGGUCUAAGUUGAAUGGAAGCUUGCCGAGCCGGGCAGUCAUACGCAAUGGGUUCCUGCAGAUCAAUCUAGCCGUUGUAUCUGACUCCGGCAUGUACCGAUGCCUAGUGAAGAACAAAGUUGGCCAAAGUGAUGCAAUUGCAACAGUAAAUGUGAAAUCUCCCCCAGCAGUGAAAGUGUCACCACAAAUUGAGGUGCGAAAUGUUGGCGGCACUGCAGAAUUCACCUGUUCAGUAACCGGCCACCCAGAACCCAGGAUCGAGUGGCUGAAGGAGGGAGGACAGUUGCCAUCAAAUCACAGAAUCAGUAAAGGAAUCUUGAAAAUAGAAAAUAUACAAGAUGGAAAUGAAGGAGUGUACAUCUGCAGAGCAUCAAAUCCAUUUGGGCAGGUACAGGAUAGUGCCAAACUCACCAUCCAAGCCUUACCCAUUGUCAUAAUAAAUGUGAGGGCAUCUAUGCAGAUGGUAAUGGUGGGUGGCUCGGUGGAAUUCGAAUGCCAGGCUAUCGGGGAUCCCCAGCCUUCUAUUCACUGGAGUAAAGCAGAUGGAAGGCUGUCUCCUGAUGUCAUCAUUCGGAACGGAAUGCUGAAAAUUGAACAUGUGAAGGAGUCUGAUGCUGGACGUUACCGAUGUACAGCCACCAACGAUGCUGGAUCUGUCAAGUCUGAGGUGGUCCUAUAUGUACAGACUGUCCCCAUGAUUGCCCCUCAGCCAGAGCUCAAAGAAGUAGCAGUUGGAUCCACGGCAGUCUUUCCAUGUCUAGCCUCAGGGUACCCAGUACCACAGGUCACCUGGAAUAAGCUUGAGGGAGAGCUCCCACCCGGAGCGUAUGUUGAGAACAACGUGUUGACCAUACCAUCAGCCACCACUGAACAUACUGGGACGUACGUUUGCACAGCUAUGAAUGAACAGGGAACAGAAACAGCAUACGCCAUGCUGAAAGUCAGAGAACGUAAGAUCCCAUAUUUCACACAGGACCCCAUCUCCUACAUUGCUCUGCCCACCAUAAAGGAUGCCUACCAUGAGUUUGAAAUCAGGAUAACAUUCCGCCCAGAUACAGCUGAUGCUCUCUUAUUGUACUCUGGUAUGAUUAUAUACAAUGGUCAGAAACAAACAACCGGAGCAGAUUUCAUCUCAUUUGCGUUAGUGGGAGGUCGCCCUGAAUUCAGGUUCAAUGUGGGUUCUGGCAUGGCCACCAUUCGCCAUCCUAACCCCAUUUCUCUGGGGGAGUACCACACUGUGGUUCUAUAUCGGAACUUGACUCAGGGCUCACUAUUUGUAGACAACGACCUGCCUGUCAACGGGAGUUCUCAGGGAAAUUUCCGCGGCCUGGAUUUGAAUGAAGAGCUGUACGUCGGUGGAUACCCCAAUUUUGAUAACAUUUCAAAAGUCACUGGAAGCAACAGUGGGUUUAUGGGCUGUAUCCGCCAGCUCAUAAUUCAAGGCGAUGAAGUGAUCUUCUCAGCUCCAGGACUAAAAGCAAGAGGAGUAUCCAACUGCCCAACCUGCAAAGACAACCCUUGCAAGAAUGGAGGUCAAUGUGUCGACUCUGAGACUAGCAGCUAUGCGUGUCAGUGUAGGAGGGGAUAUACUGGGAGCAACUGUGAACAUUCACUGGCUUUGCACUGUCACCCAGAGGCCUGUGGAUCAGAUGCAACUUGUGUGAACAAACCAGAUGGCCUUGGAUAUAACUGCCGAUGCCACCUGGGCAAACGAGGGCCAAAAUGUAUGGAUGGUGUCUUAAUCACAGCUCCUUCCUUCAGGGCAGGUAAUUCUUUUGUGGCUUAUCCACCGCUGACCAAUGUUCACAAUGAGCUGACGAUUGAGCUGGAGUUCAAACCUCGCUCACCCUCCGGACUGAUGUUCUACAGCAGCAGCCAGAGAAUGAAGAUGAAUGACUUCAUCUCUGUCGCCAUGCUUGAUGGACACCUGGAGUUCCGCUAUGACCUGGGGUCAGGACUUGCUGUUCUGCAGAGCAUCAAACCAGUGGCUCUCAACAAAUGGCACAGAUUGAAAGCCCAUCGACACAACAGGGACGGCUUGCUGACCAUUGAUAAUGAGAAAGAGAUCAGAAGCAUCUCUCCGGGCAAAAGCCAAGGUCUUAACCUGCGAAGCCCUAUGUAUCUUGGUGGUGUGCCCGGAUCAGAAGUUCUCCCCAAAGCAGUAAAUGUCACAGAGGGGAUUGAUGGCUGUAUUGCUGAGGUGUCUAUCAAUGGGAAGAAGGUUGAUCUCUCCUACACCUUUACGGACAGCCUGAAUGUCGACCAGUGUUAUGACAGCUCACCAUGUGACCGUGUGCCUUGCCUGCAUGGUGGAAGGUGUAUCGUAACUGGAGAGUAUGAAUAUCAGUGCAUCUGUACAAAUGAAUAUCAGGGUGAGAACUGUGAAACCUUCCAGGACAUGUGUUUGCAGGGGAACCCCUGCAUGAACGGCGGGACCUGUGAGAAGAAUCAAUGCUCGUGUCCAAUGGGAUAUGCUGGAUCAUACUGUCAGGAAGACUCUCCUGUGCAGUAUGGAGCUUUCUUCUACAAUGGAGGAUACAUCGUGUUACCAAAACAGAUGUUCCCAAGGAGUUCUCCAACUGCUCCUGAAACCAUUGAAAUGGAGAUUCAAACAACAUCACUUAAUGGCGUCCUGCUCUGGCAGGGAGUGAAACACGGGGAAAAUGGAAGAGGAAAGGACUUUGUCGCUCUUGGUCUACAAAAUGGUCACGUGCUCUUCAGUUACCAGCUGGGAAGCGGUGAAGCCAAUAUCCUGUCAGAAGAUCCGAUUAAUGAUGGGGAAUGGCACAGAAUAAUUGCUGUGCGAGAAGGAAAAUUGGGAUAUAUUCAAGUGGAUGGUGACGAGAUUGUGAGGGGAGAAUCCAAAGGAGACAAGGUCAUGGUGAACACGAGGGGAAGUGUCUAUUUGGGUGGUGCUCCAGACAUUGAACUCUUUACAGGGGGAAAAUUCACCUCAGGAAUUGCCGGCUGUAUCAGGAAAGUGGUCCUUGUAAACAAAAGACCUGACCAACAUCAGGUUCAGCCUGUCGACCUGCAGGUUCACGCUGAGGGAGGGGUAAACGCUCAAGAGUGUUCAUCAUAGACAUUCUGACUCACUAAAGGCAAAGUAGAGACUUCUGGGAAAGGUGCUUUGCUGCUAUUAAAUUGGAUUGUUUUGUGUUCUUUAAUGCAGUCCUCUUUAACCAAAAAAAAAUCAUCACAAUGUCAUCCAAUUGUAUUCCAUUGAAUGAAGGUUUUCGGCAACUUGGAUUGGUUUAUAUUGUACCUACAACAGCCAUACAAGAACACUAGCAUUAUCCUUUGAGGCCGAAGCUCCUAUGGAUUUAGAUUUCUCUAGCACUGAAUUUUUGGAAUAUUAGUGAACAACAACAGCUAGGAAUCAGUCUUCUACCUUUGCCUCUGGAUUCUAGUACUGUGUUUGAAGGCACUCUGGCCUGGUUGGUGUCUACUUGAAAUGAACUAGGCCCAGUUCAAUCAUCACUUGUUUUACAAAGGAAAGGUUCACAAGCUGUAUGCCUGAAGGUUUAUUACUUAAGUAUCAGAGGGCUGGCCAUUGUAGGAGUUCUUUAAUUGUACAAAAUAUACAGAGAUCUGAAUUGGUACCAUAUAGAAAAAUGACAAGAGUUUAUAACAAUUUUCUUCUAUCAGACUGGCAGCCAUUUUCUGUGCAUGUACACUGCUGGCUUACCAAUUGUUCAGCACACACUGAAGUCGAGAAUUAUGCUUAAACCUGCUCCGGAAUGUAUGCCCUGUAUAUUGGUGUAAAAUGCCACUUCUUAAAAUACUGCAAAGGUGCAGAGGUCUUCCUGGACUUCAUACUCACAAAGAUAGCCUUUGAAUAAGAUACAACAUGAGUUAAGGUUUGAGAUCCUAGGAUUAGCUGGACAGAAGACAGUAAUAUCAUAACACGUUAAGGAAAAAGAAAAAAACUCACUCAAAAUUGUUCUGAAAGUUCAAUUUUUUAGUGGCGUAGUGGUAAUGGUGCUGGACUAGCAAGCCAGGUGUUGUGAGUUCACAUCACAACAGAGAAAAUUAGGAAACAAAUUUGUUAAAUUUGGGCCGACAAAUACUAAAACAAUCCAACCCAUGACUCCAGUCCAUGCUCACUCUUAAUGCCCUCAGGAUAACUAGGAGUAGGUAAUAAAUGCCAGCCUUGCCUCCAGCGCUCAAAUCCUGAGCAUGAUUUUCUUUUAAUAGUGCAAAGCUCAAUUCCACCUGCCGCAUACUCUUGUGUGCCUUUAAAAAAGCUUCUGUUCAAGGUAAUUGUCUCUUGAAAUCAAAGAAUUCAGCAAAUGCCAAAAUUGAAAUCAAUGAAAGGACACUGUCUUCAGGAGAAGCAUUUAGCUACCUUUUCAGUGUUUGCAAGCACACAAUUUGCUACAUCAAAAUUCAUUAGCAUAUGAUUCAGACAGUGCGAAAGAUUUGACGUGAAGUUACACUGACAACGGACUUCCCAAGUACAAAAUGGUUCCUCAUGUUUCCAUGAAGGCAAUGCCUCUUGAACUUACGAGCAAGACUUCUGUCAAUGUCUGGAUUGUUUUUCUGUUAGUUGGUUCCUCUUAUGGAGUAAAUGGGACUUCCCGAGGAUGAAAAUAUUGACCUGCAUGAAAAAGAAUCUGUGAAUGUUUUUUCUCUUCCUUGCUGAGUUGGCCUGUUGGUGUAAAUCCACCUGAAGAAGAGAUUGCCUCCAGCUCCCAACAUGCUGUCCUCAUCAUUUGCUUUAAGGAUUUGAGUGGUGCUGCUUAUUAGACAGGGUAAAGGUCAAGGAAGUUCUAUUAAAUGUGUGAUCAGCUUUUGCAUCCAACCUCCUGACGACAGAGCUACCCUUGAACUGUUGGUAACACAUUGUCAUGCACGUGGCAUGGUGCUUAACUGAAAUACUAAGGGAACAGGCGUACAGUACACAAACAAGCUAGAAGAGAAUAAAACAAUCAGGGAGACACUAACACCUCUGGCACCAAUAAUAUCUUCGCUCCAGUCCUGGGCUUUAAAUUCAGGUGCAAGUAUGCAUUUUAACGUUUAAUGGCGGAUUGAGAUUUUAUUUUGAAACUUAAAACACUAUUUGCAGUUCCAAACCUUCCAGGUAUUGUUCAGAAUUGACUAAUUCAUUAAGAAAGCCACCUUGUGAACCUUUUUGUGAAAAAUAUUUUCUGGACAUAUAUCCAACACACACUUUUUAAAAAGAAAAUCAAACCAGAGCAUCCUUGCACAGUUAAUACUUUAUUAGAACUACUGACAUCUCUCUCCAAGCAUAGCCAAGGCAAUCACACACAAAGCAUAUGUUAGUGCUCUUAACAUUUAACUAUGCAUUUUAAUGGUAUGUACGACAUCCUUGAACACGAUUGUAAUAUUUGAUCAUUUUCUGUUUUUUUUUAACCAAAGACAUUUUCUUCCAACAGCUGCAGUAUUAAUGAAACCUGAUUCCUCAAUAGUGAGUCAGUAUUUCAGCUACCUAUCCCUCAGUAUGCUACUAUUAAAUUGAGCAGGUUUGAGAUAUGCCUUAGAUUUAUUGUGUGUAUCUACAAAGCCAUAAAAAAUAACAAUCUUACUCUUUGUUCAAUGGUAUAAUUUAUAAUGGCUUCAUUUUUCUUCACAUCAUUCUUUGUUAGGUAGACGCUUCUGGCUCCACGUUAGAAAGUUGUAGUAAUUAAUUUUCAUUCUGGUUUAGGAAGCUGUAAGAAGAAUACCACUGGUAUAUGCAAUUUUUUCAAUUAGGCACUAGUGCUGUGGACUACUAGAAUAAUUAGGAACCUAGGUUCCCUUUCAUGGUUUCUUUAAAAUGCAUCCUGGUGGUGAUUGAAUUCACUUUUCAUUCUGCAAACUGUUUAGGAUACAAGUUCUUUCUUUCCUCUGGUUAAGGCUGUGGGGGUGGAACGGGACUGGAGAAAGAGGGGACCAGAAGAAAUUAACGAAUACAUACCUGGGUUAAAGUCCUGCUUCAAGGAUGAAGAGAAACCUUUUAUUUCCCUUGGCAGUUACAGAUCUGCGCAUUGUACUGGCUGGUUCCAGAGUGAAGACAGCAAUUUAAUACACAGCUGUUGGUUACUGUGCUUUCCUAAUGUUGCAUCCCUGGGAAGGAGCCAGUGCCUCCAGUAUUCCCCACAUAUCGUUACAUGGGUAUUUAGAAUGUGUCCUCUAAACAUUUUUAUGCAUUUCGUGUUAGCCAUAUUUGACUAAUUUGAUUUCCUGGUGCCAAUGUGGUCAAAUAAACAGAGCAAAGCAGCCAGACAGGAUCUGAUGAGCUACCUGGUGAUUUGAUCCUGUCUGUGCUACAAUAGAGUGUACUAUACAUAUACUGAGAUACAUUAAAAUUUGUCAUUUACUUCCUGUGCCAUGUCUACACUUGAUCCCUGUUGUAUUCAAUACAAUCUCUUUAUAUUUUGCAGCUUAUUUCCAUAUAUGGAUUAAGCAUUUACAAGUCUGAGACCCCAAAACAGAUUGUUAUCUUGUCACUUUGUUUUAAUAUGGAAAUGGGAGCAUUUGGCACCAAUGGUCACCCCUCCCCCAGUCCAUGCACCAAAAACAUUCACCCCCAAAUCUAUUGAGAUCUUCUAACAAUCCUACUAGCCGGGGUAUCCAUAUUCUGUGUGUUGUAUUAACCUACUAAAGAUUCCUGAAGGAUAUACAGUAUUUUUAUGUGAAAAAUAAACUUUUACUGAUAUUAACUUUUUGACACCAAGAAUGACGGCCUUGCAAUGUAGAUUGUUAUACAAAACUGCAGUCCAUUUGGAGGUGAUUCAAUGACUUGGGUAAUGGGAAGUAAGGAUAUGACUGAAUUAUUAAAAGAAGCAUCUGGGAUGCUGAAUUUUUAAAAUGUUUUUAAGUUUGCCUGAAGUAAACCCCAUAUUUCAAUUUUUUUUAGACUCCUGCCUGCCUGUAUGAUAUAUCAUAAUGGGAAACCCACCAUCGUACAAUAGUCCAAUUGCCAAAAUAUUUAAACCUUCAUGGCUCACCUUAAGUAGGGGCUAUUGCAAUAGUUAUUGGGUAGCACUGAUUCAGGGACCUGGAUUCAAAUCUCAUUUUUUAGCUCCCUCUCCCUGGCCACACGAGCUCUCUAAUUGAGAGAGACUCUAAAGACUAUCCCUCUGCAAAUUUGUGUUGUCAGAAAACAUGUGGGCUGAUUUGCUGUCCAAUGUUCUGCCUCUGCUGGAUGAAGCAUUCUGAUAACAGUGGUUGAAUUUGAGAGCCCAGGAUAGAGCCAUCUCAUGUCACAGAAUUCUAAGCUACUUGGCCACAUAAUAAAGUGAGCGCUGACACUGUCUUAAAUUCUUUAAGCUUUAAGCACUAAACACUGUAGGCCACACGAUGGGGAAAUAAUCUAGGAGUAUAUAUCAUAGAAACUAUUCAAAGGGAUUUUUUUAAUGGAUUUCUUAAACUUUGACAUGUUUAAAUAUACAGUAGUUGUGUAUCACAGCAAAAAAACUGUACCAGUAUCUACCCCAUAGUAACUCACCCUGGAGCCCCAUUUGGUUAUUCUCCCCAAUUCCAAAAAUGUUAUCAGAACUAUUUUUCUCUGUCAUUUUCUCAUGAUCUCGCUCCAAGCCAAACCUACCCUGUCCAUUUACUUAGUCGUUCCUCAUUGCCCACCUUGACCCUUAUGAUCAUCUGCCAGCUGUACAGCUCACCAACAAGUACAACAGGCCCUUAGUGUCAUGGCUGUGAAAUCACAGCAGCUGCUGAUGUUCCACCACCACAGCCUCAAACUCUGUGCAAGCAUGGUGAGGUUACAGAAUCAAAAUAUGUGACAAUCAUCCAAACUUACUUGCCAACAUUUUCUUCAUUAUUGUCCCAGUUAUUAUUUACUCAUGCCACUUCUAAUAGGAGUGAUCCAGGACAACACUAUAUAUGGUGCUAAAGAGGAGCAUUUCAGAAAUGAAAGCUCACUGAAGAAAUCACUUAAGCUUUGAUUCAGGUCUAAGCAGGGCAGAGUUUCCCUGAUAAAUUUGGACAGGGAUACGAUGAAAUCACAUCCUUUUAAAAAAUAGUUAACCGUCUUCACAUUAGAUCAGGUAAUCCGAUGCCUCCCGUGGUUCUGAUCAAGAUGAUGACACUGUCAGCAGCUUGUCAAAUUGUGCAGGUAAUCUUUGAAAGUAGGCACUAUGAAAAUUGUAUUUUUUUUUAAGCACCAAUGCCUCUUGAUUUGCCUGUGAGAUUUGUUUCUGCCCAGGUUUCAGCAACAUCCCGAGAGGCAGUUCCUUUUUUUUUUAUUCAGAUAUAUAUCCUCUCAUUGACAAGAAUUUGGUUUGAAUUAUGUACCUGCCGUGCUGACCUAUACAAGGCUCAUUCCGAACUUAUCAGCCUUUUAUCCGGUAAUUUCCCGAGUCACCUCCAUUAUUUUUGGACCAUCAUUUUCAAAACUCCUACCUCAGUCACUGUGACAACAGAACAUAAGAAUCUGUACAAGGUGCUGGCGGACACGACUGGAGUCACCUGGCAGAUUUCAGGCAUUCAGUCCUAGGUGUCCCAAUUUAGCAUGUCUCAAUUAGUUGUCAGUUUCAAAAGGUUCCAAAGUCAUUGAGUGCAGGGGCUGUAUAUAAACCAAAGACCCUGAAAAGGUGCAUAUCGUGAGUGGAGUUGGAGAUAUGAUUGAAAAGAACAUUGGCAGCCACAGAAAAUGGUCAAAAGCACGGUCAUAAGCAAUUUCACUUUUAUACAGAAUGACAGUUUUCUACUGCUUGCAGGAAAAUGUAACGGCCAUUUAACAUAACACAGCUGUCGUGGGUGGGGGUGGGUAGUGGGGGGUUUAUAACAGUCUGGGUGGCACGGCCUGGUGAGAAAUGUAACUGAAACUACAAUUCCAGUGGAUAUUGUGUUGUUUACCAAAUCAGAACUGUUUAAGAUUUUUUGUCCUGGCAACUAUAUAUCAAAAAUGCCACUUGUUUGGUGCUUAAGCAGGUUCCUUGGGAUUUGCAAGUGAGCCUACUGUUGCUGUCUGUGUUCAAUGCAUUUUAUUUAAACAAUAAAAGCUUUUUAAUUCACUGGAA